AAAGUAUCAAUGACAGGUAAUCGAUAUCUUAUUUUAUUUGAUCUCACUUUAUAUUCUAUAUUUUCAUCAAUACUUGUCAACUUAUUUGCAGGUGCUGCGGAAGAAGCGGCAAUUGCCUGGGAUUUGAGACUCCCUCCAAGGCUUUUUGCCACUGACCGUUACCCCGACGCUCGUCUGAAUAUUUACUCCAGACCCGAUAUACUCACAGUCAUAUGUGAUGUUCUUGAAGGUACCAAAGAAAUGGAAACCAUAUUGGACUCGUGUUUUGGUUCUCUAUUUAGUUUAAGGGUAAGUGAAUGCCCAAUUUCUUGCAAAUUAGUUCAUGCUCUGUUAUGUAGACAACUGCUAUCAAAACAAAAAUACGAAAUGUGGACGGUUUUUGGUGGACAGCCAUUAAGAUUCUCUUUAUUUGAGUUUGGUUCUGUAACUGGGUUGCCUUGUGGUGAAUUCCCCGAGGAGUAUGAUCCAGAUUUCUUCCCUAAACGUGUGAAUGGGGUGAACGAUUACUGGGAUGUGUUGAUUGGUAAAGAUAAGAAUGCUACAUUAGCUGAUGUAUCCGUUAAGUUCCAGGCAUUGAAAGGGAUUGAGGACCCUUUGAAACUGCCACUAGCUCUUCUGCUUAUUGUUGAUGGAGUCCUUAUAGCCAAUAAUCAGACUCAUCGGCCAACAUAUAAGUAUGUGAAGAUGUUGGAAAACAUUGACUCCUUCCUUUCUUUUCCAUGGGGGAGAGAAUCUUUCUUGAAGACUAUACAGGUAAUGAGGCCUGGAAGAAACAAACCGUCAAUGGCAGAAUCGAAGAGAAAAAGGUCACGCGCAGCGUCCAAGAUUGAAGAUCCCAUCCAACUUUUUACAAAUCAGAUGCAACAGCAAACUAUAGCUAUCUAUGGCUUUCCUUUGGGCCUGCAACUUCUUGCUUAUAGGAACAUAUCUGGUCUACUUGACAAGAUUCCUGGUUCUUCAGAUGAUAGAACCUUCUUGGAAUGGCAUUCAAUUGGUAUUCCCAAAAACAAUCUUUCCCUAAAUGAAGUUCAUCUCCUUGAACGUGAUCCUGAUGUAAGUUAUUUUAAACAUUUAUAUAGUUUUUAACUUUCAUG